UGCCAGCCCGAGUGAAGGGAGGGAGUUCUGGUCGCUCACGCUUCGCAGCUAUGGCGCCUCGGGGCCGCGCCCAGUCCCCAGUUUGCCGGCGGAGCUUCAGCUCUUUCCUUUGCUCGCUCCGACCGUGAGCACCCGGGCGGCUCCGUGGGAGCGGGGAACGCGGCGGGCGACGGGGACCAUGAGGAGCGGCGGGACCCGUGAGGCGGACAGCGGAGGGCGGCGCGGCACCUGCUGAGAGAAAAGAGGGAGCGGCCCGGCUCCGCGCGCGGCUAGAGGUGCGGCGGCGGAGGCUGGUCCGCGCCUCGGCCAUGUCGCUGCUCUGCGUGCGUGUUAAAAGAGCCAAAUUCCAGGGUUCACCAGAUAAAUUUAACACAUAUGUGACCCUGAAAGUCCAGAACGUGAAGAGCACAACCGUAGCAGUUCGUGGCGAUCAGCCUUCCUGGGAGCAAGAUUUCAUGUUUGAGAUCAGUCGUCUGGAUCUGGGCCUCAGUGUGGAGGUGUGGAACAAAGGACUGAUAUGGGACACGAUGGUGGGCACCGUGUGGAUCGCACUGAAUACUAUCCGUCAGUCGGAUGAGGAAGGGCCCGGGGAGUGGUCUACACUGGAGGCAGAGACAUUAAUGAAAGGUGAUGAGAUCUGUGGAACUAAAAACCCAACUCCUCAUAAAAUCUUGCUUGAUACAAGAUUUGAGCUGCCUUUUGACAUCCCAGAGGAGGAAGCCAGAUAUUGGACCUACAAAUUGGAACAAAUCAAUGCCUUGGCAGAUGAUAAUGAGUAUUCUAGUCAAGAAGAAAGCCAGAGGAAGCCAUUGCCCACUGCUGCCGCCCAGUGUUCCUUUGAAGACCCUGAUAGUGCUGUUGAUGACCGGGACAGUGACUACCGCAGUGAGACCAGCAAUAGUGCCCCACCUCCUUACCACACAACUACCCAGCCCAAUGCUUCUGUGCACCAGUUCCCUGUGCCAGUGCGAUUGCCACAGCAGCUAUUUCUCCAAGGCAGUUCCCGUGACUCUUGCAAUGACUCUAUGCAGAGUUACGACCUCGAUUAUCCAGAGCGUCGGGCCCUCAGACAUCCUCAAAAAUAUAACACAGAUAGGAGGAGAAAAAAAUCCUUACACAGACAUUCUGAAGAUAGUGAAAGGUGGCAUUAUAAUACUAAGUCUAAGUGUACAUUUCCAGAUACUGAGAAUCCUGCUCAUUACCACAUUGAAAAGAAGAAACUAAACUAUCCGAUUUUGUGCCCUUACAAAAAUGGAUUUGUGAAGAGCAGCACCUGGAACACAAACUUGGAAAGCUAUGAUUAUGGUCUGCCCUAUUGCUUAAGGAACUAUGGAAAUGUAUCUGGCGAUAACUGCUCUGUCACUAAUCUUACUCCAUUAGAUAUUCUUAAUGAUUCUACCAGCAGUACUUCUGAAGAAAUUUUAGGAUCCCCCAUUUCUGAUGAGCAGGAAAGUAUGACACCAACAUUGCAUUCAUCCAGUGUCCAUCAAAUAGGAGACUGUUCUGAAGAAUAUUAUGUAGCAAAUUCAGCACCGCCAUUACAAAGGAUGGGCUGUAAUAUUAGCACAGUUGGAGAUUUGUCCAGAUGCUCCAUGGAAGAUAUGACCCCUUCCUUUGUUGAGGGAUCCAAAGAGAGCUAUGUUGACACAAUGGAUGAGCUUCAGUGUUUGGUAGAAUCAGUGUCAGAAUAUUUAGCAGAGAAGGAAGAAGAGAUUAAUAGAUUUGGUUCUCUUUCAAAGAGUAAAGAACCACAUGAACACAAUACUGCUGUUGCUAAUAUAGAACAGAAAAUACCUGAGAAUCAAACUUUAACUGUUACCCCAAAUGCCAAGGCCAAGGCUAUAUCUUUUCCUGAGCUGAAUGAAGUAAAGUGUGCUGUUGGUUCUUUAUUCAGUUCACUAACAGAAAAGGUAGGUUCAGGCACAAAGCAUCUUACAACCUCUGUGGAAAAACUAGUUCAUUUAGUUCCAGAGAAAACAGACACUCAGAACCAAACAGAGACAGUUCAAUUGGGACUUAGCUCUAGUGCCAACUCUGUAUUAGAGAAGGAUCUUUCUGCACAGUCUUUAGUGUCCCGUCAAACAACUGAUUAUAAGGAUGCUGACAAACGUGGGAGACCCUCUGAGAAUGAACACCUAGGUGAUAAGACUAAAGGGGAGAGCCCUCGGGACAGCACAGAAACUAUUAGAAAGGACUCUGCUCCACAAACUCAAAGUUCAAUUAUGAAGUCUGUUUUCAGCAUGCUGAAUCCAUUAAAGAUAUUUUCUGAGAAAGAGGAAACCAAAAGUGAAGACUGUAGCAAGGUAUUGAGAAGGGAAAGCACUGUUGGAUGUGAUUCUGAGUCAAAUCAAAGUGAGGACCUCCUGGACAACCAGAGUAGUAGUCUUGUUGCUCUAAAUAGAAACAAAAGAGAAACUGCAGAUCUCCAAAUGCAAGCAAGGGAAGAUUUGCUGUCCUCACAAGUUGCCGAUGAGCCUUCAAACUUAGCUAGUAGUACAGGUAGGAAAGGUGAUACUGAGAGUCAGUUGGAAGGAAAGCCUAGUGUAGAGCUUUCUCUAUCACAGGACGGACUAAAACAAAGUGCCAAAGAUACUAUGGGGCAUUGUGGUGUGACUGGAAGUAUCCUUGUAAAUCAGGAAUCUUCUACAAAAUCAUUGGAGGAAGACAAGGUUAUCAGUGGUGAUGAUUUCCUUGAGCCACUAAGAAAAUCAUUUAGUCAGUUCCUGUUUACUUCUCCUGAGACCUGUCAAAAGGAAACUUUGUCAGAAUCUGUAAAAAUUCUUAAAUUGGAGGAAGAUGGACAGGAAAAAGAUGCUAAGAAAGAUCGACAUUCAUUUUCAUUUAGUAGAAAACUACAUAUUCCGUUUUUCAGUGUUCUUAGCCAUUCUGAAGAGCAUCAGGAUGUGAAAGAGAAAGGAAGCAUUUUUCCUUUGUUUAAGUUUCCUCUUACUGACAGUCAUAACACUGUUAGUAAUCACAGCUCAGUAGCAACCACUGAUAAAGAGGUCCAACAAAAUUGCCACAUGGAUACCAGACUUAGUUCAGUAAAAUCUAGUUCAUUUCCAAAUAUUCAUAAUCAUCUAGAGAAACUGGGUAGUACUGAAGAAUUCAGUAAGAAUGACCAAAUAUAUUGUCCUGAAGAUGUUAAGCUUAAUUCAUUAAAAUCUAGUUCAAUUUCAAAUAUUCAUAAUGAUCUAGAGAAAAUUAACAGCAGAGAGGAAUUUAAUAAGAGUGACCAGACACAUUGCUCUGAAGAUGAAAAACAUAACACAAUGAGGUCUGACUCAACCUCAAAUAUUAAUAGUGAUUUGGGGAAAUUUGAGAGUUUGGAGGAAUUGAACCCAGGUAGCCAUGCAGCAAUGGAGCACCAUGUAAAAGCUGACCCUGACGUUGUGUCUAAAGAACACAUAGCUGUCUCACUCUCAGAAGAAUGUGCAAGUCUUACACAAGUGGCAUUUCCCUUGACGUCAGAGUCUUCAUUGGAACAUAUUUCUGCCAUUUCAAAAUCUACAUUGGUUAAUGACAUUAAUGAAGACAAAGUUGAAAAUGAAACUUCUAACAAAGGAACUCCUGGCCUUUUAAGCAAGUUUGCUUCUCUAGAAAACAUGCCUAGUCAACAGGAAUUCAACUUGAAUAGUGACAUUUCCCACCAUAAGAAAAAUACCUCAACUUCAUUACUCUCUGGAAUAUUUACCUUGAUAUCAAACAACAGUGUGAAUGAUUAUAAUCCAAUUGAAGCAAAGCUCAUGUCUUUAGAUGAUAUAAAAAAUUUGGAUGGAAGUAAGCAUUUAGCGACAAAUGAAGUCCCUGUUGACUCAUGUGUGACUUCUGAGAACCUGAAGAGCCAGGUUGAAAACAAGGAAAGUUCUAGCUUUAUAAAAAACUCUUUGUCAUUAUCAAAACAAACCUUUCCAUCAUCUGAUGGUUGGGAUAAUAAUCAUCUUUGCCCUCCUACAUGGAAAAACCAGGAGAGUGAAAAGCAUUGCCCUUCUGAGAACAUACUCUGUUGUACUGAACAGGGUCCCUUAGAGAAAUCUUUGACUAAGAGGCCAAUACCAAACCAUAUUUUUGAAAUAAAACUACAUGAAAGGCCAAACAAGUUAAGUUCACCAAUACUAAAUACUAACAUUUUAAGUAAGUCAAACCAUUAUCAGGGUUUUGAUGAGAACUGUUUUGAAUGGGAUCCUGAUAUAAAAGAUUUCUCCAGAAACUCCAGAAGACUUCAACCAGUUUAUCAUGUGUUGAAUCAAAAUACAUUUCCAUUAGCAGAUGCUUGCUUGUGGCCUGACUCAGAAAAUCCAGUAAUAAAUUUGUGCCAAAAAGAUCAAAAUGCAAAUAUAUUUGAGUGGGGUGCAGAUCCAAACAGUGUCAUUUCAUGUGACUUACCAUAUGAAUCAUUCGGCCAGUUAGCAUUUAAUGAAGGUUACUUAUUAAGAGGUGAUAUGUGGGCAGCCACCUCAUGUGGAAAUUCUGGUUAUCUUCCAGUUAAUGAGACCAAGAAUUCUCUAGAGUUGCCCAUUGAUUUAAGUUACUCUUCAGAUUAUGAGAAAAUUAUGUGCUCUCUGCUGCAACAAGAGUCAUUAAGAAUGGAUGAAAACUUGAUCUUUUCAAACUUUGGUUAUGAGUAUCAGGAGUGGUUAUCAUAUCUUGAAAAUGGGGUUUGGUGGCCUUCAGAGGAUGGGAAUUAUGGAUAUUAUAUGUUUCAUGAUGGUCAGUAUAUAUAUUCUCUCCUCACUGAUUCUACUGGGCAGUAUGUAUAUUUAUUUAUACCUGAUUAUUAUCAUGAAUAUUUGAACUAUAAUUUACAAACAGAUGCUCUCUCAAAUGCUCUCUCAAGUAUUGUGUUAGAUGACAACACUGUUUCUGCCCAUAGUCUUCAAGUUCUUGACAAGGAAGAUAAUUUAGUAUGGUAUGUUGAAGAACCAAUUGAAGACCCUCUUGACUUAUCUGUAACUUUGCCAAGAAGUGAGAGAUCAUUGUAUGUAAAUCUAGAAACCUUUUCCCAAGUAUUUGAGUCAAAUUUUGACCAAAGGGAUAAGCCAUUAGAUUUUUCAGGCUAUAAUUCUCAAACAUUUAAAAGAGAUUUUAGAUCUUUCAUAGGGAGACCCUAUUGUCCAGAAGACCUUGAGUGUAUAUUGGAUCUCAGAAACAAGCCUGGAACUAUGAGCAAUCAUGCCUUAAAUAGAGGCCCAGUUGUGGAGAUGAAAUGGCCUUUAUCUAAAAAGUCAUCAGCUCACCUUUCCAGGUUCCCUUUCCAUCAGCCAUCCUCUGAAGAACCUUCCUCUUUAAUUUAUCCUGAGAGUAUAACUGAAAGUUUACAAAAAGAAGAAACCCCAUCAGUGAACAAAUUGACACCUGUGUUUUCUAUUUUGGGUACCCUGAUUAGAAGUAGUUUGAAUUUUGAUAAGAGUGAAUCUGUAGAUGGUUUGAUCAUACAUAAAACAGAUCAGCAAUCAGAGUUAUCUGAACCCAUACAUGAUAGUCUUCAGUCAUUAAUCUUGAGUAAACAAUUAUCACAUAACUCCAUAAAGGAAGAUGAAAGUCAUCCUGAGGAUUUGGAGAGGCAGAUGGUAUCCAGUGUUCAGCAACCAGAGUUUACUGACAAUAUAAGGCAAGAAUUCCCUUUACAUAAAAAUGAUCACAUGGAAAAAGAAAGUUUAUUAAAAUCUGGCUUUCAAGUAAGCCAAACAACUCUUAAAGUUAAGACAGAUGUAGAAGAUGUUAAAAUUAUUACAGCAAAGUCGAUUGUAGAUCCUCUUUCACCACAGCUUAGUAAGGAUGAACAUAAGAAUUGUGAACUUCUGCAAGACAAGUCUUCCAAAGAGUCUGAGAAAACUUUGCUUACAAGUGCACUGAAACUCUUUGGUUGGGAAGAAGGAUCAUCAGUAAGUACAGUAACAAGUGCGAAGCCGGCAUCUGGAAUUUUGAACCUCUUUAAAACCCAGGUGAAUAAAGAAGAAUCACCAGAUUUAGAAAAGAUGGGUGAUAAAGGUGGAAAGAUUUCAUCUCAGGAAAAGAAGGAAUCAUCUGGUGUUGCAAGUUUUUUGGGAACCCUUGGGGAUUUCUUUAAAACCAAUGUGUCUCCCAUACAGACAACUGAAAAUAAGUCUGUUUCUUUAGUGACUGAUGAGGAUGAAGGAAGGUCAAGUCCUAAUUCUUUACAUCUAGUGCAUCAGGAUACAGGAAAUUUUCCUCCUUUACCAGUUCCCUCAAAAAAGAAGGUUAGAAUUAGAAGUCUGACCAAACAGACCACUAUUGACGACAGUGGGCUAAGAGAACCAUCAACCAGGGAGAUACAGAGUAAUGGUUUGAAUGAAAAAGAGGUACAUGUUAGAGAUCACCAGGUACAACAAUCAACAAGUCCACCCGUCUCAACAGGUAGUCCCAAGGAGUCUCCCAGAGAAUCUUCAAAAGGAACUGAUGACAUAUCUUCAGGAACAGAAAUUCCAAGAAAUAAUAAGUCUUUUGAUGCUCUGAGUAGAAGAAAUACAAAUGAGCAAGAUAAUUUUCCUAACCAAGAAUGGAAAUUUUCAACUGCUACACCUGCAUCCCAACGAGAGUUGCCGCCCAGAAGGAAUAUAUUCUCUUUCUUAACGGGAUCUGAAAAAUCUGAGAACAAAGCCUCUGCAGCUCUCCCAAGGGGCAGAUCUCAAGCAGAAGGGCUAUUCACUCUUCCUUCCUUUUUCUCCACAGCAAGCUUAAGCAUCAAAAAGGAUGCCUCUCACAGCAGCUCUGCUUUCAGUUUGUUUAACUUGUCUUUUUUGGAGGAGAAGCAGCAGCCAUCUGAGGAGAAGCAAAGCCUCUCAGCUAUUGCUCCAGUGACUGCCCAGCCUUGUAGGAAGCCAGUUGUUUCUGUAGACACAGGAGACAUUAUGACAAAGGACAAUCCUACCAGUCAUAAAGAAAGCAUAGUGCAGGAAGUAGUUUAUGAAGAGCAAAUGGCUCCUUGUUUCUCCACUAGCAGCACCACUAAGCUUACUACUUCCCUUGUAGACAAGCUCCAUGUAGAGAAAACCCAGGGAAAAAGGAGUUCCAGUAAAGGAGGAGCAGAAGGAGCAACUGCUUUUGAUUUUCAGGUGAAUCAGUUGCCAGCCAACGUUCCUCUUUUACCAGAAUUUCAGGAACAAGCCUUGGGGGUAGCUCCUCAGGAAGAAGAGGCUUUCUACCGGGAAACCUUCUUCAGGGACUCAGUAGCUGAAUCUUUUCCUCAUGACAAUGGUUUGAAUGAGAAGCUCAAUGAUUUAGAUGUUUGUACUGAACACCAAAAUGAAAGAUUUACCACUGACUUAUUGAACUUGCCUUUGGAAAAUGACUCAGACAGUCUCUCAACACAGACCCUGGAUUUACCUUCUGCUUUUCCAGACCCAGGGCAUACAGGGCUUCUUUUGAACCAAGAUGGAGAUAAAUUAGAAGACAGAUCAGUAUUAGGCUCCAAAGUAGAAAUGAUUUCAGGGUUUGUGACCAAAGUAAAAUCUUUUUCUGGGUCCUUAAUUGAACAGCCUAAGACUAUUUCUGGAUUUUUUUCUACUCCUAAAUCUCCAAGAAAAAAUUCCUUUUUUUCGUUUUCCUCUGCUGUAUCAUCUCAGCCCCUCAAAAGUGAGCUGUUUGGAAUUUUCAGAAGUCCCAAACCAGAAACAAAUACAGAAGAACCAUCUGUAAGUACUUCAUGCCUUCAGAGUGGUUCUUCCAGAGAUCCUGUAGGAUCAGUCCCUCCAAAAAGCUUGCCUGGAGAAGCUGCCUGUGCAAGACUCAAUUCAGAGUCUGCUCUCAGUGCCUGUAGCGUAACUGUGGUUGAUGCAAAGUCGGAGUCAGAUCCAUUGGCAGAUGGCCUUAAACUAACACCUGAAACGGAGAAAAAUAAUAUUCCUGAAAGUAUUUCUGAACCCCCAUGUUUUGAAGUACUUGCUACCACAUCUUCUGUCUCAGAGGAUGAUAUGGGACAAGGAAUAUUAUCUUUGAGUGAUGAAGGAGACAUGGGGCUUUUGCAGGGUACAGACACAGAGGCCUCAUUGGAAGCAGAACACAUUCUUCCUCCAACACAGCUACAGUCAGAUUCUGCCUGUAUUGCCGAAGAGCUUACCCCUUCAAGCCAAACACUUACUGAACCAGAGCCAGAGCCAGAGCCAGGCCCAGAAAUUCUGAUGGCCAGUACAAAUCAGGAGUUCUUUGAGCUUGCAACUACUUCUCAGGAAACUAGUACUUCACUCUUUGAUGAGGCAGGAGUCAGUGAGAAUAUCACACUGGAAACAAAAGAUCAUUCUUGUCCUUUGCAAGAGGAAACUGUGCUUUGUACCAAAGAAAGUUCUAGUAUACAUCAUGCCCCAAAAGAUCUAUCUGUAGCCCCUCAGGAACCAGAACAGACAAGACCUCGUUUUGAGAUCCCAAAUAUGGCCAGUUGGCCAAAGCUUCACUUCUCAUACACUCCUGACCAUGGGAAGACACUGAAUUCAAUCUUUAACCCCUCUAGUUCAUCUGGUAACAUGGCAGCAGAGACUGGCUUAAUGUCAGGUUUUAAGAAGUUGUCUACUCUAUUUGAAGGAGCUAGUGAGGGGAAAAGGGGUAUCGUAGGAAAUGAUUCAAAACGGGUGUUUGGAAAGAAACUGGAUCUUUCAUUUCCAUGGUCAAAAGAGAAUAAAGGAGACACGGAGCAAAUGUCUGCAAAAUCAUCUCCGGUUUUGGUUGUUAGCGGUGAUCAGGACCUUAUCAUCAGCAAAGCUAACAAAGUUUUGGAGUCUUCUCAAAUACCUAGUGGUAGUCCUGAGUCAUCUGACAUCUAUACUCAGCCCUCUGGGACCACAGAACAGUUGGUGGCCAAGCCAGGUGACUAUGCUCAUGAGGUUUCAAAAUCUGGUAAAGUGGAAAGGCAGCUGGAAAUUUUAGCAUCUGAAGAACACUGGGGUGAAGACAGCAACCUGUUUGGCUCUGCCUGUUGUUCAGAAAAAUACACGGAAGAACAUGGUGCUCAGCCAGCAAAGCAAGAUGAGAAAGCAACAGAGCCUGCUAGCACUGGCUCUGUUUUGAAUGCAGGACAGCCAGUCAUUCUGGAGGAUGUCAAGGAACCAGUGACCAACAAAAGCCCUACCAGCAGUAGUAGGUAUGGCUCCUCCUGUAAUGUGAGUCAAGGAAGCUCUCUGCUGAGUGAGCUGGACCAGUAUCAUGAGCAAGACGAUGAUGGUCGGGAGAGGGACUCCAUUCAUUCUAGCCAUAGCUAUGGCAGCCUCUCCAAAGAUGGCCAGGCUGGUUUGGGAGAACAAGAGAAAGCCUUGGAAGUGACAUAUGAAUCAGAGAAGGAGAAAACUGGUGAAUCCAAGGAGAUGAGAGAUGAUGCCACAAUCCACCCUCCUUCAGAUCUGGUGCUACACAAGGACCCCAUUCCAGGACCCCAGGAGAGUCUUCCCGAGGAGAAUGCAUCGUCACCAUUUACCCAGGCCAGAGCACACUGGUUCCGAGCAGUUACCAAGGUCCGACUCCAGCUGCAGGAGAUUUCAGAUGAUGGUGACCCCUCCUUGCCUCAGUGGCUCCCAGAAGGGCCAGCUGGCGGGCUCUAUGGCAUUGACAGCAUGCCAGAUCUACGAAGAAAGAAGCCACUGCCACUUGUCAGUGAUCUGUCACUGGUCCAGUCACGGAAAGCAGGGAUUACGUCUGCUAUGGCUACACGUUCCUCUCUCAAGGAUGAAGACCUGAAAUCCCAUGUGUACAAGAAAACUCUGCAGGCCUUAAUCUACCCCAUCUCGUGUACCACACCCCACAACUUUGAGGUCUGGUCUGCCACUACCCCUACCUAUUGCUAUGAGUGUGAAGGCCUGCUCUGGGGCCUUGCCCGGCAAGGCAUGCGCUGCAGCGAGUGUGGAGUCAAGUGCCAUGAGAAGUGCCAGGACCUGCUCAAUGCCGACUGCCUACAGCGUGCUGCUGAGAAGAGCUGUAAGCAUGGAGCCGAGGACCGGACUCAGAACAUCAUCAUGGCCAUGAAGGACCGCAUGAAGAUCCGAGAACGGAAUAAACCAGAGAUCUUUGAGGUUAUCCGGGAUGUGUUCACAGUGAGCAAAGUUGCCCAUGUGCAGCAGAUGAAAGCAGUAAAGCAGAGCGUCCUGGAUGGCACCUCCAAGUGGUCGGCCAAAAUCACCAUCACCGUGGUUUGUGCCCAGGGCCUACAAGCCAAAGACAAGACAGGAUCCAGUGACCCUUAUGUGACUGUGCAAGUUGGGAAAACCAAAAAGCGCACCAAGACCAUUUUUGGAAAUUUGAAUCCUGUUUGGGAGGAGAAAUUCCAUUUUGAGUGCCACAACUCUUCUGAUAGAAUUAAGGUACGCGUGUGGGAUGAGGAUGAUGACAUCAAAUCCAGAGUAAAGCAGCGGCUAAAGCGAGAGUCGGAUGAUUUCCUUGGCCAGACUAUCAUUGAAGUUCGAACACUGAGUGGAGAGAUGGAUGUCUGGUACAAUUUAGAGAAGAGAACAGACAAGUCAGCUGUCUCAGGGGCUAUCCGACUUCAAAUCAAUGUGGAGAUCAAGGGGGAGGAGAAGGUGGCCCCAUACCAUGUACAAUAUACAUGUCUCCAUGAGAACCUUUUCCAUUACCUCACAGACAUUCAGGGCAGUGGAGCAGUCUGGAUCCCAGAGGCUCGGGGGGAUGAUGCAUGGAAGGUGUACUUUGACGAGACAGCCCAAGAAAUUGUGGAUGAAUUCGCCAUGCGAUAUGGCAUCGAGUCCAUAUAUCAGGCCAUGACGCACUUUGCGUGUUUGUCAUCCAAGUACAUGUGUCCUGGCGUACCAGCCGUGAUGAGCACCUUACUGGCCAACAUCAAUGCCUAUUAUGCUCACACAACUGCCUCCACUAACGUCUCCGCAUCUGAUCGUUUUGCAGCCUCCAACUUUGGUAAAGAAAGAUUUGUAAAACUGCUGGACCAGCUACACAACUCACUGAGGAUAGACCUCUCUACAUACAGGAAUAACUUUCCUGCUGGGAGCCCUGAACGGCUUCAGGAUUUAAAAUCUACAGUGGACUUGCUGACCAGCAUUACUUUCUUCAGGAUGAAGGUGCAAGAACUUCAGAGCCCCCCAAGAGCCAGCCAGGUGGUAAAGGACUGUGUGAAAGCCUGCUUGAAUUCUACAUAUGAAUACAUCUUCAACAACUGCCAUGACCUCUACAGUCACCAGUACCAGCUGCAGGAACAACCCCUAGAGGAACCAGGGCCCAGCAUUCGGAACUUGGAUUUCUGGCCCAAACUUAUCACACUCAUUGUGUCGAUCAUAGAGGAGGAUAAGAAUUCCUACACACCUGUUCUGAACCAGUUUCCUCAGGAGUUGAAUGUAGGAAAAGUCAGUGCAGAAGUGAUGUGGCAUCUCUUUGCUCAAGACAUGAAAUAUGCACUAGAAGAACAUGAGAAAGACCGGCUGUGUAAGAGUGCUGACUACAUGAACCUGCACUUCAAGGUGAAGUGGCUCCACAAUGAAUAUGUGCGGGAUCUGCCUGCCCUCCAGGGGCAGGUGCCUGAGUACCCAGCGUGGUUUGAGCAGUUUGUGCUACAGUGGCUAGAUGAGAAUGAAGAUGUGUCCCUGGAAUUCCUUCGUGGGGCCUUGGAACGAGAUAAGAAGGAUGGGUUCCAGCAGACAUCAGAGCAUGCCUUGUUUUCCUGUUCUGUGGUGGAUGUCUUUACACAACUCAACCAGAGCUUUGAGAUCAUCCGGAAGUUGGAAUGUCCAGACCCCAGCAUCCUUGCCCACUACAUGAGAAGGUUUGCUAAGACCAUCGGGAAAGUGCUGAUGCAGUAUGCAGACAUCUUAUCAAAGAACUUCCCAGCUUACUGCACAAAGGAGAGACUGCCCUGUAUCCUGAUGAACAACAUGCAGCAACUAAGGGUCCAGCUGGAGAAAAUGUUUGAGGCCAUGGGAGGCAAAGAGCUAGACUCUGAAGCUGCAGACAGUCUGAAGGAGCUGCAGGUGAAACUGAAUACCGUUCUGGAUGAGCUCAGCAUGGUGUUUGGAAACAGCUUCCAGGUGCGGAUUGAUGAAUGUGUUCGACAAAUGGCUGAUAUCCUGGGUCAAGUUCGGGGCACAGGGAAUGCAUCCCCUAAUGCCAGAGCCUCGGUGGCUCAGGAUGCAGAUAGUGUGCUGCGACCACUCAUGGACUUCCUGGAUGGCAACCUCACGCUGUUUGCCACGGUGUGUGAGAAGACAGUCCUGAAGCGAGUCCUGAAGGAGCUCUGGCGGGUGGUGAUGAACACCAUGGAGCGGGUCAUCGUCCUGCCCCCACUCACUGACCAGACAGGCACCCAGCUGAUCUUAACCGCUGCCAAGGAGCUGAGCCAGCUUUCCAAACUCAAGGACCACAUGGUACGGGAGGAAACACGGAAUCUCACUCCAAAGCAGUGCGCUGUCCUCGACUUGGCCUUGGACACCAUCAAGCAAUACUUCCAUGCAGGAGGCAAUGGGCUGAAGAAAACCUUCCUGGAAAAGAGCCCAGACCUGCAGUCUCUACGUUAUGCCCUCUCUCUGUAUACACAGACUACAGACACUCUCAUCAAGACAUUUGUGCGCUCACAGACUGCCCAGGGGGCUGGUGUGGAUGACCCCAUGGGAGAAGUCUCUAUUCAGGUGGACUUAUUUACACACCCUGGCACUGGGGAGCAUAAGGUCACAGUGAAAGUGGUAGCAGCCAAUGACCUCAAGUGGCAGACCGCGGGUAUGUUCCGGCCUUUUGUGGAAGUAACCAUGGUUGGCCCACACCAAAGUGAUAAGAAGAGGAAGUUUACAACCAAGUCUAAAAGUAACAACUGGACUCCCAAGUACAACGAGACAUUUCACUUCCUCCUGGGAAAUGAAGAGGGUCCAGAGGCCUAUGAAUUGCAGAUAUGUGUGAAGGAUUACUGCUUUGCCCGGGAAGAUCGUGUGAUAGGACUGGCAGUGAUGCCCCUGAGAGAUGUAGCAGCUAAGGGCAGCUGUGCCUGCUGGUGCCCAUUGGGCCGGAAGAUUCAUAUGGAUGAGACAGGCAUGACCAUUCUCCGGAUUCUGUCCCAGAGAAGCAAUGACGAGGUAGCCCGAGAGUUCGUGAAGCUCAAAUCAGAGUCUCGAUCUACGGAGGAAGGGAGCUGACCAUCUCUGCCAUCUCAGCCUUGUGUGCCAUCCAGACAGCACCCACUGCACAGAUCAGUCAGGGAGAGUUAGCUGUGUAGCUAGCUUAGAGUCCUUGUAGUCAAAAGGCUGACUCUCCUAGUUAAGGAUGUUUAAGGAGAAUCCUGGGGUAGUAAGACUAUGGCUUUUCAGAGAACAGUCCUGAACCCCCAACCAGUAAGUAGGUCUGUGGUGCUAGAAGCUGGGCUGUGGAAGCUGCUUCAUGGAGAGAUUUUUCCAUAAAUAGAGAGGGGCAGACAUUUCCAAGAAUGUCAGUAUUCUUGGUAGACAGCUGUCCAUUCCACUUCCCACUUCCAUCCCUCUCUAAACCACUUUGUCCAGGUAAGCACUUACGUGCUCCUCAUUAGAACAUGUUUAGAAGGCCCGGAGCGUGUACCUGGCUGACUCCAUGAUCCACGGUGGAGAUUGGCCAGAGCAGGAACACACAGAAUAGAAUUCACUGUCACUUGAGCAGCAAGACUGGUUUGUGUGGCUUCAGUGAGAACAAGGCUCGGAAACUGAACAAGAUACCUUCUGCAAGGCACUCAGCUGAUUCCUUUGCUCAGAAUAGCUGUCAAAAGUCAAAGCAGGUUCACGUGGUGCUUUGGAGCCCUGAGCAGAAGAUUUCUUUGGAAUCCAGGCACCAGGGGUCUCAUCUGCCCAGAGUACUCCUAGCUCCCUACUCCUGUAAGCAGGGAGUGAUGCUUAGAACACACACACACACACACACACACACAGAAUUUUAUAUGUAUUGACUUGAAGGCUAACUAAAGAUCCAAGGAUAUUGUCUUGAGUAGUCCCUGAACAAAGCCAAAAAAUAAUGGAAAAUGGUCUAGAAAGACUUGUUCUCACUAAUGGUCACAACCUUCUGGCUGUCCUCCUUGCAGAAAACAUCUAGUCUUUGACCUUCCUCUUUUUUGGAGGAUCAGCUGCUGUUCCCCUCGGAUUGGUCAAACAUAAAGAAGGAACUUG